AUAAACAAGGAAGUGGGGUGACUAACACAUGUUUCCAAUGAUUGGGAGCACAUGGUCCUUCAUUACUUUCUCAUUCUGUCCUUUCGCACAACAGAGGCAACAUGAGGCUGUGGGCCGUGCUGCUGCUCGCUCUGCUCGCUCAGGCUUUAUCUGCAGAUGAGUCCUGUAUGGGUCGCUGUGAGAAUGGCUUUGACUCUCAGAAGAAGUGCCAGUGUGACUCCAUGUGCAAGUAUUACAAGAGCUGCUGCUCUGACUUUGAGGUUGUUUGUGGCAUGACGACUCGUGGAGACACGUUUGUGUUUGCAGAGGAUGAUGAUGAUGAUGAUGAGUUGUUUGAUGGCACCCCUCCCUUGAGACGUACACACGACAUCUCUCCUUUCACCGCCAUCAGUCGUCUGCUGAGGCCCACGCAGCAGCCCAUCUCAGACUUUGGUCGCAGACCACAGGAACAUCCAGAAACCACACUAGAAAUGACCAAACCCCCACGUCCGAUGGAUGCCACGCUUGAGAAAAUCCCUGUUACACAAGAAACACCAGUUUCACACACAAUGCCACCUCCACAGAAUGACCCAAUUACGACCAAGCCCCCUCAGACAGAUGCAGCAGCGACCACUGUUCCUGUCACAACAGCCACCACUGAAGCCCCCGACCCAGACGCAGUGGCCUGCAGUGGGAGGCCUUUUGACUCCUUCAUGCAACUGAAAAAUGGCUCCAUGUAUGCUUUCAGAGGGGACUACUUUUUUGAACUGGACCAGCAGUCAGUGCUUCCUGGUUAUCCAAAGCUCAUAAAGGACGUGUGGGGCAUCAGCGGGCCGAUUGAUGCUGCCUUCACCCGCGUCAACUGUCAAGGGAAGACUUACAUCUUCAAGGGAAACAAGUACUGGAGGUUUGAUAACGGUGUGCUGGAGGAGGACUAUCCUCGAGAUAUCAGCGUGGGCUUUGACAAAAUCCCUGAUCAUGUGGAUGCAGCGUUUGCUCUGCCUGCUCCUGGUCACAACGGAAAAGAGAAGGUCUAUUUUUUCAAAGCGGAUCAGUAUUACAAGUAUGAGUUCUUGCACCAGCCGUCCCAUGAAGAGUGUAUCACCAUGUCUGAGACGUCUCCGUCCACAGUGUUCAGGCGCUACACUGACGUAUACUACAACAACUAUGAACGUUUUUUUAGCGAGCUCUUCACUGACUUGCCUCAGCAUCACGACAAACACCACUUCAUUGAGAGGGACUGGAAGGGCGUCAAGUCUCCAGUGGACGCUGCCAUGACAGGCAGAAUGUACGUCCCUCCCAGGAGGGCCACGCGUCGCCGCAAUGACUACCGGCCUGGCCAGCAGUGGGAUCAACAGCAAGGGCAGCAGUGGAACCAGCAGUGGGGUCGUAGGAGGCAAAGCCGUUCGCCCUUCUGGGGGUCUAUGGGACAGGACUUUGCGGAAAGGGGGAUGGAAAUGGGUCUGAGGUUGGCAGAGAGGAGGAUGGAAAUAGAGGAGAGGCUCGGACGAGACUGGGACAGACAGUGGGAUCAAGACUGGGACCAGAACAGACGAAGAGAUGGUUACCACCAGAACAACAGAGGCAACUACAACUCCAGAGAUGACAGUUUGCACUGGGAGUCCAUCCAGAGGAAUCUGCCCAUGCAGAGCGUCUACUUCUUUAAAGGAGAUAAAUACUACAGAGUGGACCUCAGGAGCAAGAGAGUUGACCCUGCCGUGCCUCCAUAUCCCAGAUCCAUCGCCAAAUACUGGCUCGGCUGUUCAGGCACCUCCGGGGCAGAGAAGUAGUUUCAAAUGUUUAUAUUAAAAGUGAUCAAUUUAUACUAAAUUUGUAUAUAAUGAAUGAUUCAUUUUAACCAGAACAUGCAGUGUUGGCUGUAAAAGAAAAAUAAAUAAAUAAAAAAGCUGGUCAAACAUGUUUAGUGUAACACAUAACAAGCUGCUCGUCAACUUCAGCAAAUAUUGGAGAUCAGUGAAAGUCCACACACUGCUCGUCAGGGCCAAAGUUCAGCUGCUUGAUUUUAUGAAAUCUGUUGUCAACAGGUACAAGGUUUUAUAUUUUAAAGAUUCACUGCUUCUCAUUUCUUAUUUUUCAUUGUCAUAAUAAUUAACAAGCUUGUUACAUUGCAUCAUUGGCAGAAUAUAGCAUUUACUAUAUUAAAGUACUGUAUUAAAGUACAA